AUGAAUAAGGAAGUGUGCCAAAAAUUCGAGAAUGUAUGGGAUGAUUUCCCCGAUACAUUAAGUAAAGGAAAAUAUGAAUUUAAAGAUAAUAAUUUUUUAGAUGGUUAUUGUAAUAAUAAUAAAUGUGAAGGUGAUCUCGAUAAACUUAAUGCUGUAUUUUUUUAUUUGAUUAAUCAAUUUUUUGGGCCUUCUGGUUUGUUUAAGAAUAAUGCAAAAAAUAAUAUCAAUGUUGUUGAAUACAUUAUCAUAUGGUUAAGUCAUAUGUUAAACCUAAAGGAUAACACAGGAAACAUUCUAACAAAUUUUUAUAAAAUAUAUAUAAAAAAUCAAGAAAAGUAUAAAAAUACUAUAAAUGGUGUUGAUGGUUGUAGUAAUUAUGAUGAACUUAUAUAUAAAAAAAAUGAAUUGAUGAAAAUUACUAAUGAAAAAUUGUCUAGAUUUUAUGCCCCAUUUAAAUUAUUAUGUAACAUGUAUAAUGAAUUUAAUGAUAGUACGUCAGAUUCCACAAAAUAUUUGAAUCAUGCUAAAGAAUUUGCUAAAAAAUAUAAAGAACUUAAUGAUGAUUCUAGUAUUACUAAUGAUAGUUCCUAUAAUAAACUAUUGUGUACUUUAUCAAAUGAUUAUGAUAAUUUUAAAAAGAAAUGCAAAGACAUUUCAUCCUUUCCAGCGAUAGACAAACCAAAUAUUACUCCAAAAUGUCCUGAACAAACUCAUGUAACAGGAUCUGAACAAUUGUCUGGAGAAUUUUCUGAGGUUACAUUAUCAGAAUCAUCACUAGUAAGUAAAUUAUUUAUAGUUUUAUCGAUAUUUGGUGCAAUAGUAUUUUUUUUAGGAAUUUCUUAUAAGUAUUCGUUAUUUGGGUUUCGGAAACGAUUUAAAAAACAACAAAUAAGAGGAAAACUAAAAAAUAUAAAGAAGAAAAUGAAUCGUUAA